UCAAAUCUUAGAUUUAAAAAGAAAAAUUUUUAUGAAUUCUCAAUUCAAAAUAAUUUGCUAAUUUUCGAGAUUUUUCAGUAUUUUGUCAAAAUUUGAACUUUAAAUGCUUAUAAAUAAAAACUGUGACUAAGAAUUUUUAAUUUUUUUCAUCUGCCUUUGAAACAAUAACCUAGGAGCUUUCAAUUAAAUUUUCAAGCUGUUUUACUCAACAGAUAAAAUUUUAUUGAUAUUUAUAAAAAAAAAACUAAAAUAAUCAAAAACUGAUAAUGUCCGUAAACAAUUCAAAAAGAGUCAAAAUAUUUUAUGACUAUUAUAAACUGUUAUGAAUAACAUCAAAAGAAAAAAUAAUAAAUUAAAAACAAUGAAAACUAAAAUAGAAAAAUAUAUUAAAUAUUAAUAAGCUUAGCGUGCUGGUGAAAAAUUUACGGGCCGUAGGUUGGAGACCCCGGUUCUAGAGUGUUGAUUUGCAUAAAAAUCUUCAUAUCAUCAGAAAAACAGAGCAGUAGGCUAUAAGACAAAACCUUAGACGCACUGUUGACAAAUAAGAGAAAUAAUAUUGGAGAUAAGUGACCUCCUUGUGGAACACCAGAAUGGGUCAAGAAAACAUCAGAAUAAACAUCCAAUACAUUGACUCUAGAAUAUGUGUACCCAAGAAAUUACCUAAAUCAUGAUACAAGAGUCUCACCAAAUCCUGACGCAAUGAGUAUUUUUAUUAGUGUAUCGUGGUUUACUAAAUCGAAUGCUUUUUUGAAGUCAAUAAAUACUAUGUCUAGUUGAGCAUUAAUUUUGAACGCAUUUAAAACGGAUAAUGUGAAAACAAGAUUGCACGAGACAGUAGAUCAUCCUGGACGAAGACCAUGUCGUUCUUUCAUUGAAAUUCUAUUUAUGGAAGUUUGUAUAUAUUUUACAAUAAGAGUCUUAAAUAAUUUUGAAGUAUGGGAUUGUAUGGAAAUGGGUCGAUUAGUUUAAAACGUUAGUUAGACUACCGGGUUUUGGAAUUGGGGGUAACGGACUUCAGUUUACAGAAUGUUGAAAAAGUACCUUCAUCCAGCGAUCGCCUAAAGAGUGUAAAUAGAGGAUACGCAAUAAUCCAUCAAAUAUAAGAUUUCUCCAGGAAUUCCGUCUGGACCUACUGACUAAUUUUCUUUUAGAAGGGAUAAUCCCUAAAAGACAUCCUCAAUGGAAAAAUAUACAUUAUUGGCUUUGUUAUCAAAAUUGGGGUGUUUGGAUAGUUCUGGAUUCUUUAACUGCUGUAUUAUAUGUCAAUAUAAAGAUUUAAAUGAAUUUAAGAACAUUUUGGAAAAAGAUGAAAUUGCAUUUGUAGGUUAUAUUGAGGGAAAGCGUGAAAUGACCGAAAAAGAAGUUUUAUUAACUGAAUUCUUCAAUGAUAACUUUAAGAUGAAAUCUAAUAGCCGCCGAAAUACCCCAAAUGAUUAUUGUCAUAAAAACAGUAUUAUCGGAAGUGGAAUUUCGGCCUGGAUGUCGCGUUUGUUCGAUUCCCGUGAAAGAGAUAUAACAAAAAAAUGUGGUGUGUAUUGGUACCUUGAAGUCGUUUAACCUUGAAGCAAAUGUUAGUGGAAUUGUAAUCAGACAAUGAAAAAUUAAAACUCCUGAUUUCUGAAUCGUCCACUAGAAAUCUAAAGAACCUUAUACAAAAUCAAGGAAAGAACAAUGAGACUAAAAAUUCUAUAAUAAUUCAAAAUUAACUACAAUGU